AUGCCUCCCAAGAAAAGAAAGACUCAGGAAGCAGAAUCUGCUCAGCUUCCACCUCAACAAUCGCGAUUUGUUGCUGGUAAACACCCGCGCUCAGAUGAAAAGCUCCCUGUUGUUGAUUACCAUACCCCUUUGGAUGCAGAAAGUGAAUUGUUCUCAGAUGACGAUUGGUCUAUUCCGAAAUUCAAUCUGUUUAUAACAUUCACUUUAGACAAUUUGGUAGAGAGUUUCAGAUCUAUCUUCAAAGAUUUCAUUAAGCUACCUAGCAGAAAAUUUCAUCCUGGAUACUUUUACAAAAUUGAUCAACCUAUUUCUAUUAACGAGAUUAAAUCAAGAGAUUACGAAUAUGUCAAUGGCCAGAGGAAUUUCCUGUUAGAUGUUGAGCUAAUUACGAAAAACUGCUACUCGUAUAAUGACCCAGAAAGCUUAAUAGUGAAAAAUUCUAUGCAGGCUGUCAAUUAUAUCAAAUAUGAGGUUCUGAAAGCCAAAAACGUCACGAGAAACUAUCUGAUUAAUAAUGAAGUCAAGAAUUUCUUAAUUAAAUCUUUGGAUUUCUUGAUAAAUGCAACUGAUAAAAGCAUUGCAGAAGUGCUGGAAAAUUCUACUGAAGGUCUUGAUGAUACUAUGCACUUGAGCGAACCAUUCAUGGAGCUAGUGAAUAAAGAUGAGCUACCUGAAUACUAUGAGGUAGUUCAUAGACCUAUUGCAUUGAAAUUAGUGAAGAACAAUUUGGAAAUGGGAUACUAUACAAAAAUCUACGACUUUUACAUCGAUAUCGAACUUGUUUUUCAAAAUGCACUGGUAUUCAAUGGAAAAGAUACAUUAAUUUAUCAAGAUUCUGAGAAGCUCCUGCGAUUCUUCAGAAAAAUGAUGCAUAACAAGUUCUUCGUAGAGCUGAAGGAUGCGAGCGAACGUGGAGAAGUCAAGCUAGAGUACGAUAAAGUUGAAUAUGAACAGUACUUGGCAAACGGGGGUGACAAUGAGGAAGCUGGGCUCGAAGAUGAAGAAGGUGAUAUGGAAGAUUAUGAUUUUAAUCAUUAUGAGGGUUUAGGGAAUGGUUAUAAUCGUCCUUUGUUCUCCGGUGAUUAUUUGUUAGGUCCUAGUCGCAAUAAAAUGGAAGAAUCCAAAGCGAGAAAAGUUCUUCUAGAAACCGAUGAAGACCAACCAGAAGUCUUGAAGUAUAAUAUUUUAAAAUCAUUAGGGAAUGACUCUUUUAAACAUUCUACCAAGAGAAACCCCCACACAUUAAUUCAUGAAAUCAGUGUCUCAUCAUCUCGUUCAAUCUAUAAGCAAGCCACAAAGCCAUUGCAAGGAACGUUACCUCCUGUAAAUCAAUCUUGGGUUGAGUAUAUUUUUAAAGGAGAAGACCUUAGAGACGAUGAGAAUAUGUUCUCAAUUACUAUGCCGCCAGUGCAAUCUUCAAUUACCCUAUUAGCUCACCUCAACUGCCCCCCUGAAAUGGAUUUUCAAACUUCCCUAACGGUAAACCGGGAAAAAGCCAAUCCGUCACCAAGCAUGACAAGUGAUCAGCGAUUAGUUCCAUCGAGGUAUGAAGUGCGGCUUUCAGAGGGCUUGAAUUUUUUGGAAUAUAGCUGCCAGGAUCAUGCUGCUAAUAAAACUGAAGUCCUUAAACUUUGGAUCGAAGUAGUACCUUAA